ACGCAGCGUUUUUAGACGAGCUGCACCCAGAACGCCCCCACCUCCCCUCCCCCGAACCAGAAACGAUCGCUGCUCCGCGGAGGUGCAGAAAUCAUUUUCGCUCUCCCCCUUUUUAUUUUCCCUCCUCCUCUUCCUUCUCUUCCUCCUCUCUCUCCCUCUCAGUUUCCAGAGCCGCCGAUCCGACACUUGCAGCCAUUUUACGCAGGACGAACCCGAUCAUGCCGCUGAGGAGGGAAAGCGGGUGAGGAAAGGCUGUGCGGAUCACCUGGACGGAGCCAGGAGCCGCAGCGGGAGCGCCAGCCGCGGCUCCCGGCUAGCCAGCAGCAGCAGCAGCGGUACCGGUACCGGUCCGGGGACGACAUGGUGAAGAGAAAGAGCCUGGACGAAAACGAGCCGGAAUGCGGGAAGGGAGUCCCGUUCCCCAUCCAGACCUUCCUCUGGAGGCAGACCAGCGCUUUCCUGCGCCCGAAGUUGGGGAAACAGUAUGAAGCGUCCUGCGUGUCCUUUGAGCGGGUCCUGGUGGAGAACAAGCUGCACGGCUUGUCUCCGGCGCUGUCCGAGGCCAUCCAGAGCAUCUCCCGCUGGGAGCUGGUCCAGGCUGCGCUGCCCCACGUCCUGCACUGCACCUCCAUCCUGCUGUCCAACAGGAACAAGCUGGGCCACCAGGACAAGCUGGGAGUGGCGGAGACCAAGCUGCUGCACACGCUGCACUGGAUGCUGCUGGAUGCUGCACAGGAGUGCAACCAGGAGGCGUUGGGCAACCAGGGCUGGUCCCGGGGCGGCAGCAGCAGCAGCGCCUUCCUCCAGCCGCUGGGGAACCAGGGCUCCUCUCCCGGGACCCCCGGCUCGGGCUCCGGCUCGGGGCCGCAGCACGGCAGCUCCCUGCCGGAGGACGACGAGAGCGCACGGGCGAAGCUGUUCCACAAGAGCAUGGCCACCGUGGAGCUGUUCGUGUUCCUGUUCGCGCCGCUCAUCCAUCGCAUCAAGGAGUCGGACCUGACCUUCAGGCUGGCCAGCGGCCUGGUGAUCUGGCAGCCCAUGUGGGAGCACCGGCAGCCCGACAUCCCGGCCUUCACCACCCCGAUCAAACCGGUCCGGAACAUCGUGACGGCUAAGAGGAACUCCCCAGUCAACAACCAGUGCAGCCCCCAGGGGUCCGCCAACCAGAGUCCCCUGGGCUUCCAGGUGGUCUGUGAAGCCGGCCAAUCAGAUUCCUCCUCCCCUGCAGCAGGUGAGCAGAGCUGUCGCCGUGCCAACUCGGUGGAGAAGGGAGGGACGUCCCAGCAGCCCCCGGCGGCCAAGGGGCCCUCCAAGAAAAAGACGUCAGCUCCUGCCGGACUGCCGGCGUCUCUGGCGCACCGCGCCCGCUACGCCACCUACUUUGACGUGGCGGUGCUGCGCUGCCUGCUGCAGCCCCACUGGACGGAGGAGGGCGUGCACUGGGCCCUGAUGUACUACCUGCAGCGCCUGAGGCACAUCAUGGAGGAGAGACCGGAACGCAACCCGGAACCCCUGGUCGUCCCGCUGCCCCGGCCUCGCAGCAGCUCCAUGGUGGCUGCCACACCCUCGCUGGUCAACACCCACAAGACCCAGGACAUGAGUCUGAAGUGCAACGAAGAGGGCAAGUCUCUGAGCACUGAGACCUUUGCCAAGGUUUCCCUCACCAACCUGCGGCGACAGGCCGUCCCAGACCUGUCCUCUGACCUGGGCAUGAACAUUUUCAAGAAGUUCAAGAACCGGCGGGAGGACCGGGAGAGGAAGGGCUCCAUUCCCUUUCAUCACGCCGGGAAGAAGCGGCAGCGGCGCAUGGGCGUCCCCUUCCUGCUGCACGACGACCACCUGGACGUCUCGCCCACACGCAGCACCUUCUCCUUCGGAAGCUUCUCGGGCCUGGGCGACGAGCGGCGGGCUCUGGACCGCGGCGGCUGGCAGGCCACAAUCAUGGGUAAAUUCACACGCAGAGGCAGCACGGACACAGCUGCCGACGCCGACAGCCUGAGCGCCAAGCACUCCCACUCCCACCACUCUCUGCUCAGAGACAUGCCCGACCACUCCAACAGCCACAGCGACAACACGGUGAAGGAAGUGCGAUCUCAGAUCUCCACCAUCACCAUGGCGGCGUUCAACACCACGGUGGCCUCCUUCAACGUGGGCUACGCCGACUUCUUCACCGAGCACAUGAAGAGGCUGUGCAACCCCUCCGCCGCGCCCGAAAUCCCCGUGGAGCCACUGGCCUGCUCCAACCUGCCCCGCAGCCUCACCGACUCCUGCAUCAACUACUCCUGCCUGGAAGAGGGCGAGAACAUCGAGGGUACCAACAACUUUGUGCUGAAGAACGGCAUGCUGGACCUAACGGCCGUGCUGCGGGCGCUCUACGCCGUUCUCGCCCACGACAUCAGCUCCAGGAUCUGCGACGUGGCGCUCAACAUCAUCGACUGCCUGCUGCAGCUGGGCAUCGUCCCUGGCAUGGGCAAGAAGCUGUCCAAGCCGGACAACAAGGAGAACCAGGAGGCCCGGGCCAAAGAGCCGGCCGGCCAGAGCCUGGCAGGCGGCGCCCAGGGCGGUGGCCCGCUUCCAGGAGCCAGUGGGGGUGGAGAUGGAGAUGGAGGGGGGGGGAGCGGCGGAGGCAGCGGACAGGGGAGCAAGGAUGACGUGAAGAAUAACAAAGAGAAUGACAAGAAGGAGGAAGAGGGUUGUGGUUUCAGCACCCACCGCCUGGCUCUCACUAUGCUGAUCAAGAUAGUCAAGUCUCUGGGAUGCGCUUAUGGCUGCGGGGAGGGCCACCGAGGACUGUCAGGAGACCGCCUCAGGAUGCAGGCCCAGAAUUGCCUGACUAAUCUGUGUAAGCUGGACAAAGUGCAAUUUCGCCAAACAAUGCGCGAGUAUGUCAACAAAGACUCCCUCAAUAACAUUGUGGACUUCCUGCACGCACUGCUGGGCUUCUGCAUGGAGCCCAUUACUGACAAGUACGGCAGUGCAGGUGAGAGGUCCAGGAGGGCGAAAAAAAGAAACAUCGACAAGGCGGGCUUCGGCAACAACUUUGCCACGGGGGACAACAAGUCGCUGGCGCAGAACAUGGAGGCGGUGGUGGUGGGCUGCAUGUUCAAGUCCCUCAUCACCCGCUGUGCUUCAACCACGCACGAGCUGCACAGCCCAGAAAACCUGGGUCUGUACUGCGACAUCCGCCAGCUGGUUCAGUUUAUAAAAGAGGCCCAUGGAAACGUGUUCCGCAGGGUGGCGCUGAGCGCGCUCCUGGACAGCGCCGAGAAGGUGACUGCCACCAAAAAACCCGACGAGAAGGACGACGGAAAACAGUUCGGACCGAGAAGGUCUGAGGCGGGUGUGUCCGGGGAGAAGGGUCAGGUGUCCAGUGCUGCAGAUGAGUGUCGCAGCUGCAUCUCCAGUAGACCCCCCCAGACCCCCGAACACGACGAACAGAUCCCGGGCGCUCUGCUUGGCAGGAAGGACUUCUGGAGGAAGAUGUUUAAGUCGCAGAGCGCCGCCAGCGACACCAGCAGCCAGUCGGAGCAGGACACCUCGGAGUGUACCACCGCGCACUCCGGUACCACCACCGACCGACGCUCCCGAUCCAGAUCCCGGCGCAUCUCGCUGCGCAAGAAACUCAAACUCCCGAUCGGAAACUGGCUGAAGCGCUCCUCCCUGUCUGGCCUCACCGACGGCGUGGAGGACCUGCUGGACAUCAGCUCUGUUGACCGGCUGUCCUUCAUCCGUCAGAGUUCAAAGGUGAAGUUCACGAGCGCGGUGAAGCUGUCCGAAGCGGGCGCCGCCGGGCCGGAGUACGGCAGGGACGAGGAGGAGAAUUUCUUCAAGCGGCUCGGUAAAUGGAGGUCUGGCAGGAGGAAUCCAUCCAAGCUUCACCACACAGAAGAGAAAGAUGGCCCUCAUGGUUUCCAGGAACGCUUGGCGGCCAGUCAGGAGGCCAUGAAGAACAAGAACGUGGUCAACCUGGGCGCCAUCCGGCAGGGCAUGAAGCGCUUUCAGUUCCUCCUCAACUGCUGCGAGCCGGGAACCAUUCCUGACGCCUCCAUCCUUGCCGCCGCUCUAGACUUGGAGGCUCCAGUCGUGGCCCGCGCUUCCCUGUUCCUGGAGUGCGCCAGGUUCGUCCACCGCUGCAACCGUGGCAACUGGCCGGAGUGGAUGAAGGGCCACCAUGUCAACAUCACCAAGAAGGGCCUGUCCAGGGGCCGCUCGCCAAUAGUGGGCAACAAGAGGAACCAGAAGCUGCAGUGGAACGCUGCCAAGCAUUUCUGCCAGUGGGGAGAUGCCAUCGGCACCAGGCUCAGUGAGCUCUGUCACUCGGACAGCGAGAGCCCCGCCAACAUCCUGGGCUACGUCUACGACGAAGAGACCAAACGCAGGAUGAGGAAGGAAGAUGAGGAGGAGGACUACUUAGAGGACAACACGGUGAACCCAACAAAGUGUGGCUGCCCUUUUGCCCUGAAGAUGGCCGCCUGCCAGCUGCUGCUAGAGAUCACCACCUUCCUGCGGGAGACGUUCCCCUGCUUGCCUCGCCCUCGGACCGAGCCGCUGGUGGACCUGGACAGCUGCCGGCUGCGCCUGGACCCGGAUCUGGGCCGCCAUCGCUACGAGAGGAAGAUCAGCUUCGCCGGCAUCCUGGACGACGAGGACGGUCACGACUCCCUGAACAGCAGCAGCCACACGCUGAAGUCUGACACCACGGGGGAGGAGAAGAAGCCCCAGGAGGCUCAGGCUCCUAUCAGGAAGAUCCGCAUCGGAGGCUCCCGGCUGCUGCAGAUCAAAGGCGCCCGCAGCUUCCGUGUGAAGAAGGGCGGCUCGCUGUCUUCCAUCCGCCGGGCGGGGAGCCUGAAGAGCACCAAGCUGUCCCGGCAGGACUCCGAGUCCGAGAACGAGGAGGGGCUGCUUUCCCAGACGCAGAGCAGGGACACUGUCACCGACAUCGGAAGUCCCUUCAGCACCAGCGAGCCCAGCAUCGAGCCUGAGGGCCAGGGCUCAGGAGGAGCCGAAGACAACUACCACCGCAACAUGUCCUGGCUCCACAUUAUGAUCCUGCUGUGCAACCAGCAGAGCUUCAUCUGCACACACAUCGACUUCUGCCACCCGCGCUGCUACCAGCACCACGGCCGCUCCUGCGCCCGCCUGGUCCGCGCCAUCAAGCUGGUCUACGGGGAGUCGGUGGACAGCCUGAGGGAGGACAGCGCCUCCGGCAACAUCGGGGGACGCUCAAAGAAGAGCAAGGAGUGUUCGGAUAAAUCCUGCCUGAGAACUCCGUCCAUGAAGAGGAAGCCGACCGACUCCAAUGCAGAAGGGAAGAAAGACACCGGGAUGCUCAAGUACAUCCGCAACCAGGUGAUGAGUUUGUCCCCAGCUCCUCUGUCGCUGCUGAUCAAGGCUGCCCCCAUCCUCACCGACGACAUGUACGCAGACAUCCAUCCCGCCGCCUGGGAGCUGCUGCUCAGCGUGGACGAACACAUGGCAGCCGCCGCCGCCGCCAUGUUUCUCCUUUGCGCCGUCAAAGUCCCCGACGCCGUGACCGAGAUGAUGAUGGCGGAGUUCCAGCACCAGGAGGCCUGUCAGCGCAUCAACUCCAUUUUGAAGUUCUACACUCUGUGGCGUUUCCGCUACCAGGUGUGGCCGCGCAUGGAGGAGGGAGCCCAGCAGAUCUUCAAGAUCCCUCCGCCCAGCAUCAACUUCACCCUGCCGUCCCCUAUCCUGGGCAUGCCCUGCGUCCCCAUCUUCGACCCGCCCUGGGUGCCGCAGACCACCGGCAGCGUCCAGGACCCCAUAAACGAAGACCAGUCUAAAUCCUUCUCUGCUCGGGCCGUGUCGCGCUCCCACCAGCGGGCCGAGCACAUCCUGAAGAACCUGCAGCAGGAAGAGGAGAAGCGGCGGCUGGGCCGCGAGGCCAGCAUCAUCACGGCCAUCCCUGUGGCCCAGGAGGCCUGCUACGAGCCCACCUGCAGCCCCCCGCCGGAGCAGGAGGAGGAAGCAGAAGAAGUGGUGAACCUGGCAUCCCGCCGCCUCUCCGUAAGCCCGUCCUGCGCCUCCAGCAACUCCCACAGGAACUACUCCUUCCGCCGAGGCUCCGUCUGGUCUGUCCGCUCCAUGGCCAGCGCCGAAGAUGAAGAAAACACAACAGAUCACACUCCCACACACCACAUGCUUCAGCCUCCUCAAGCUGUCUUCCCAGCAUGCAUCUGUGCUGCAGUCUUACCAAUAGUCCACCUCAUGGAAGAUGGAGAAGUCAGAGAGGACGGUGUGGCUGUGAGUGCUGUCGCACAGCAGAUCCUCUGGAACUGCCUCAUUGAAGAUCCCGCUCUGGUUCUCCGCCACUUCCUGGAAAAACUCACCGUGAGCAACAGACAGGAUGAGCUGAUCUACAUGCUGAGGAAGCUGCUGCUGAACAUCGGUGAUCUGCCCGCUCAGACCUCCCACAUCCUCUUUAACUACCUGGUGGGGCUGAUCAUGUACUUUGUGCGGACGCCGUGCGAGUGGGGCAUGGACGCCAUCUCGGCCACGCUGACCUUCCUGUGGGAGGUGGUGGGCUACGUGGAGGGGCUCUUCUUCAAAGACCUGAAGCAGACCAUGAAGAAGGAGCAAUGCGAGGUCAAGCUGCUGGUCACUGCCUCCAUGCCAGGAACCAAAACGCUGGUGGUGCACGGCCAGAACGAGUGCGACAUCCCCACCCAGCUGCCGGUCCAUGAAGACACCCAGUUCGACGCUCUGCUGAAGGAAUGUCUUGAGUUCUUCAACAUCCUUGAGGCCCGAUCGGCUCACUACUUCCUCAUGGACAAGAGAUGGAACCUCAUUCACUACAACAAGACUUACGUCAGGGACAUCUACCCGUUCCGGCGCUCCGUCUCCCCUCAGCUCAACCUGGUCCACAUGCUGCCUGAGAAAGGACAGGAGCUGAUCCAGAAACAGGUGUUCACCAGGAAGCUGGAGGAGGUCGGCCGGGUGCUGUUCCUGAUCUCGCUGACGCAGCGCAUGCCGGCGGUGCACAAGCAGUCCCACGUGUCGCUGCUGCAGGAGGACCUGCUGCGCCUGCCCUCCUUCCCCCGCACCGCCAUCGACGCAGAGUUCUCCCUCUUCAACGAGCCUCAGGGUAAGGAGCUGUUCGGCCUGGACACUCUCCACAAGGUGCUGUGGAUCAAGCUGCUGGAGGAGAUGUUCCUGGGCAUGCCCAGUGAGUACCCCUGGGGGGACGAGAUGAUGCUGUUCCUCAACGUGUUCAACGGGGCGCUGCUGCUGCACCCGGAGGACAGCUCGCUGCUGCGCCAGUACACCGCCACCGCCAUCAACACGGCCGUCCACUUCAACCACCUGUUCUCUCUGAGCGGCUACCAGUGGAUCCUGCCCACCAUGCUGCAGGUCUAUGCGGACUACGAGAGCAACCCGUUGCUGCGGCAGGGCAUCGAGUUCUGCUGCAGGCAGUUCUACAUCCUCCACAGAAAGCCCUUCAUCCUCCAGCUGUUUGCCAGCAUCGCGCCCCUGCUGGAGUUCACUACCAGCACCAGCACCGACCUGUCUAAAGGCGUGUCGGCCCAGUGUCUGUUCGACCUGCUGGUGUCUCUGGAGGGGGAGACGCAGGACGCUCUGGAUGCUCUGGAGCUGGUCCAGGCAGAGAAACCGCUGCGCUCUCUGGACUUCUGCUACGGUAAUGAAGACCUGGCCUUCUCCAUCAGCGAGGCCAUCAAGCUGUGUGUGACGGUGGUCGCUUACGCGCCCGAAUCCUUCAGGAGCCUUCAGAUGCUGAUGGUGCUGGAAGCGCUGGUUCCCUGCUUCCUUCAGAAGCUCAAGAGCAACACGGCGACAAUGGAGUCUGCGUCCGCGGCCAGGGACGAGAUCGCGGCCAUUGCUGCCAUGGCAACGUCCCUGCAGGCCCUGCUGUACAGCUCGGAGGCCCUCACCAGACCAAUGACUGCCCCGCAGAUGUCCCGCUGUGACCAGGGACACAAGGGGGGCACCACCGCCAACCACGCCAUGUCCGGAGGCGUCAACACCAGGGACAAUCUCCACCUGCUGGAAGAGGGCCAAGGCAUGCCGAGGGAGGAGCUGGACGAGCGUCUUGCUCGGGAGGAGUUUCGCCGCCCGCGAGAGUCCCUCCUAAAUAUUUGCACCGAGUUUUACAAACACUGCGGACCCCGCCUCAAGAUCCUGCAGAACAUCGCCGGAGAGCCGCGCGUCACGGCCCUGGAGCUGCUGGACAUUAAGUCCCACAUGAGGUUAGCGGAGAUCGCCCACGCCCUGCUCAAGCUGGCGCCCUACGACACCCUGACCAUGGAGAGCCGAGGCCUGCGGCGCUACAUCAUGGAGAUGUUGCCCAUCACCGACUGGUCGUCUGAAGCUGUGCGCCCCGCCCUCAUCCUCAUCCUCAAGAGGCUGGACCGCAUGUUCAACAAGAUCCACAAGAUGCCCACGCUCAGGUGCGCUCGCCCACAGGCACUGUGCACCAGGAGACAAGUGGAAUGGGAGGCGGCCAGUAAUCUGAUUGAAGGGAUCUGUCUGACCCUCCAGCGCCAGCCAAUCAUCUCCUUCCUCCCGCACCUUCGGUCGCUGAUUAACGUCUGCGUCAACCUGGUGAUGGGUGUGGUCGGCCCCUCCAGCGUGGCGGACGGCCUGCCGCUCCUCCACCUCAGCCCGUACCUCUCUCCUCCGCUCCCCUUCAGCACGGCCGUCGUCCGCCUGGUGGCUCUGCAGAUUCAGGCCUUGAAGGACGACUUCCCUCUCAGUCACGUGAUCUCACCGUUCACCAAUCAGGAGAGGCGAGAGGGGAUGCUGCUCAACCUGCUCAUUCCUUUCGUUCUGACGGUGGGCUCUGGAAGCAAAGACAGCCCCCACCUGGAGCAGCCGGAGAUAUUCCUGCUCCUCCAGACGGUCAUCAAUAUCCUGCUGCCCCCUCGGAUCAUCUCCACCUCCCGCACCAAGAACUUCAUGCUGGACGCCUCUCCGGCUCACUGCUCCACCCCCGGGGACACUGGGAAGGACCUGCGCAGGGAGGGCCUGGCAGAGUCCACCAGCCAGGCCGCAUACCUCGCUCUCAAGGUGGUGUUGGUUUGCUUUGAGCGCUCGUUGGGAAACCAAUGGUACCGCCUGAGUCUGCAGGUCAAAGAGAUGGCUCUGAGGAAGGUGGGAGGCUUGGCUUUCUGGGACUUCAUCGACUUCAUUGUGCGAACCCGCAUCCCUAUUUUUGUCCUCCUGAGACCCUUCAUACAAUGCAAGUUGCUGACCCAGCCGGCCGACUCCCAGGAGGAGAUCACGGCGCGGCACCACAUCGCCGACCAACUGGAGCGCCGCUUCAUUCCCAGGCCUCUCUGCAAGAGCUCGGUGUUUGCAGAGUUCAACAACGAACUCAAGAUCCUCAAAGAGGCGGUCCACAGCGGCUCUGCAUACCAAGGGAAGACGUCAAUCAGCACAGUCGGCACCUCCACGUCGGCCUACCGGCUCAGUCUGGCCACAAUGUCGCGCUCCAACACAGGAACCGGCACCGUGUGGGAGCAGGACAGCCAGCCGUCACGGCAACCAUCGCAGGACACACUGAGCCGCACCGACGAGGACGACGAAGAGAUUGACUCCAUGAGUAUUCCCAGCGUCGUGAGUGAACACGAGGCCUUCCUCCCCAGAGUGAUGUCACAGCGGCGUUUCUCCAGCCACGCCACCGGCUCGGCGGCCGCGCAGCCCGAGAAUCCCCGCACCACCAUGCUGCCCAGCCAAAGUGAACCCAAUGUGCUAGAUGAGUGCCAGGGCCUUCUGCAGGAGGGUAACCUCUCUAGGGUUGCCAGCGUGCAAAGUGAGCCGGGCCAGCAGAACCUCCUGAUCCAGCCGCCGUUAGGAAGAAAGCGUGGACUCAGACAGCUGCGACGCCCCCUGCUGUCCAUUCCAAAGACUGAACCGCGAGGCCGUUCUGGAGCCAGACUCUCCACCACUCGAAGGAGCAUCCAGCCCAAGAACAAACCUCUGGAAACUUUAUUGGACUGUGAAGCGCACGGAAACCAGAAGAGGUCUGUGACCUUCACUGAGACUCAAGGUCAGCAGGGGCCCCAACAGGGGGCUCCGGGCACCACGGAGCCCUCGGGUGAGGGCAGGAAGGCCAGCCCGGCUCCGUCCAAGUCCCCCACCCUGGAGGUGCCGUCUGCCACCGUCACAGCCGACCUGCACGGGCCGGCCAGCAUCCAGGUUCCUGCCGCCCUGAGCAGCAAGGAGAGGAGGGAGCAGUGGGGGCUCCGCAGCAGCCUGUCCCCCCCUCCCUCUAUCUCCCGCCCCUCCACCCCCACAACCCUGUCCCGGACCUCCUCACCCCUCCCCCUGUCCCGCACCUCCUCUCCUCUCCCUCCCCCUUUGCCAGUGCUGAGCACGGCCCCCGCCCCGGGUCCCCCUCCGCCGCCUCCACUGCCCCCAGCGUCCAGCAUCAGGGACAGCCCCGGGGACGAGGACACGGCGGCACUGCUGCCCCGCGGCGACGCCCUGCUGCAGCUGAGCGAGGACGACGGCACGGAGAACCCGCUGCUGGCCCCGCUGCUGGCCCCGCUGCUAGGCCCCGCCUCACCCCGCCGCUCGCCCCGCCGCUCUCCACUCCCUCUCUCUCCUGUCGACCUGGACCUGGACGAGUCCCACGUCUGACAGCAGAAGAAGAGUUUCGUCUUAGUUCAGCUUCCUCCAUCAUCAGCUCCACCAGAGUUUUACUACUAUUACAACUAUUUCCUUCAUAAAUUCAGAGAUUUAUUUUUAAACUAUAUUUUCAGCCACAUAUUUAUCAGUUUUAAAUAUUAAAGCUUCUAACAGAUAUUUAUAGUUAUUCACUGCGCCCUCUACACUUACUGGCACCAUGGUCCGAAUGCGUCCCUCUAACGCUGGUUGUCGCAUAUUUUACACAUACCAGAAGGUGAAUAGUUAACACUCUGCCGCCACGUAGAAGUCGAAGUUAAACCUGAUUUUAGAGAUGGAUGAUUUAAAGGCUGGAGCGCAGGGAAGAUCCUUUGAGAAUGAAAACAUGUGGAGCUAGCUGACUUGUACUUUAACUGGGACUGUCUCCAUAUACCCUUUAUCGUACUGACUGAAAUGAAGCUUUGCCAAAACAAAAACCAGUAACUGUAGAUGGCGCUGUCUCUAAAAGCCAUUUUAAAGCUAAUACAAAGAACUUAGUCGUUAUUAUGUGGCAUAAGAACAUAUAUUGAGUAUUUAUUUAAUAGAGUGAAAAUGUGUUCAUGUGUAUUUGUUUGUGGGUGACUUUAAUCAUAAAAAUGUCUAUUUUAAGCCAUCAGGAGCCAAAGCAGAAAGGCUUAUUGUUUCGAGAAAAGCAAUAUUUAAUCAGCUCAGUGCCCUUUUAAAUUAGAUUUACUGUACUUCAAUAGAAAUAUAGAUUAUCUGCAGUUAGUUUGUUGCGCUGCUACGCGUCGAGUUUGUCAUCGUCCCGAUGUUUGCGUCGUCAUUGUCGUCGUUCAGCAGAAAAACUCCAGCUGUGAAGAACCUCGUUUGCCGAUGUCACGCCUCAAGGGAACCGUUUCAUCUGUUGACUUCCAGUUGCGUUGGCGUGACGUGGUUAGAGGCGAUUGUGCCAUCGUUCACACCAUCGCACUGUGACUGCAGCUAAAUAGCUUCCUGUAUUCUGCUGAUGUAGCUCUUUUCCUGGAAACGUGUAACAAUGGCUGCAUGAGACAAUGCAGUUUCUUUUCACCUGCUGAAUAAACAGGAUGAACAUGGCCUACUUGGUUCAUUUAUGUUGUCAAAUUUAGCUGUUAUGACUCUUUGGUGCCAGUGGGGGGCAGUUUAUUCCAACCAUACCAGACAAAAAGUGUUGUUUCCCUUUAAAGGUCUUGUAUUCUGUCUUGUUUGAAUAUUUCUCAGCUAUCUAAAUAAACAAAUAUUGUUUAC